UCACGAUGGGUGUCGGCGUAAACAACGCGGGAUAUAGCUAGCGAGGAGGAAGCCCAUCGCGGACCCACGACCCUGGCUUGCGUAUCAUACCAUGUACUAUACACCAAAUAUGCCAUAACGGCAUUCUGAUACCCAUAAUCUACCACUAUACCACACACGUGCGUGCCUCGAUCUAAGCCCCAACCAUGCAAACAAAGCCACCCGCCUGCCCGUUGAGCCAAGCUUUACGCACGUAGUAUAGGCGCUCGUGAGCGGGCAAUGUCACUGAACCGCUGUGCUUGGCUAGCAGUUUGCUAGCGGUCUGGGAUGCUUGGCCAGGAUACUUGCUGGAAGGAGGCAUAUGGGGUUGCGAAGUGGGGAACGUACGGGCCGUUGUGUACGAGCGUUGUUCCGCUGCGUCGCCUUCGUACGGCAUGGGACAAGGUCUGGUGUUUAGCGCUGGGUGCCAUGUCGAGGGGUUGCAUGUACGGCCGUGCAGUCUAUCCACGGUGCUCGCAAUGUCUUGCUCGGAGGUCCUGUACCAUACCCACUUCGCAGCAUGGAACCUCACACCACCCUGCAUCUCUAAUUGCCAGUGCCACUACUCUCCAUUCCAGGGUCGGGGGCCAAGCAUCUCGCACUCGCACCUGGGCUCGCGACGCGCUCGUAAAUCACCGCUUUGAGCAUCGGCGCCUCCUCCCCGUCUCCACAUCGCCCAGUGUACGCAAUUCCGACCCCGGUUCUUCCGUCCCACGCCCCCGCCCCGCUUUCGCGGGACAUGGCAGUGUUCACGCCGCCGGACACUGUUGAGGUGCAAACAGGGUGCUGACGCCCUCUGGUUGCACCUUCCCACUAAGC